AUGGCAACAACUAGACCUCAGUCAUUCCAAUUUACCGAGCGAACCCCGAUCCUGAACAACCUUGCGGAUAUCCUCAACCUACGAGGCCGCUUGCAACAGAUGGGAGCCAACUUCAACUCAUCAGGUGAGCUGCUCACCUACGGUAACCCAGAGUCACCUUCAGAGUUCAAGUCCAUGCUGAAGUUCGGUCCUUUAUACGAGGAGCAAUGGAACAUGUUCUUUGAUGCAGACUAUGUGCCCGUUGCCGAAGGGGAUAUGUGGUCUAAAUACCGCACGCUGAAGAAGAAGCUGAACAAUAAAGAUAUCGUCCUCGGUAAAGCAGGCCAGCGAUACUCUGUUGGUGGCUCCAGCGAUAAGUUAAAGCAACUGUGCUUUGCGUAUGACACGCUAUGGGUAGAAUGGCGGAACGCAAUGCGGAAGGAGCUACCGGCGCAGCAGGUGCAUCGUGGGCUAGCUAUCAUCAAGGAAGAGCACAGCGGACUCGUUAUUACCGCCCCUUCCGAUAUCAUCCAGCGACAACGUCGACCUCUAUCUCAAGACAACGACAUGACACAUAAUAUUGAUUGGUGGUUCAGCACCGAGCUUUCUCAAUCACCUCCGCAGGAUCAGUCGCGCCUUAGCAAUGACUUGGCCUCGGUAUCAGUUCGGAAUGAUGUUGAGCGGACAACUCAGACCGUGCCAAUAGCGUCCAAUGCGCAAACUUCUACCGGAGAACUUAUUGUACCGCACCACGAUUCUCUGCAAGAGAUUGAGACCUAUCUAGCAAACAUAGGCGCGUCAAUGAACCACCGCGCUCAGUCCCCACUUCUUCUGGACUUACAGGAUGCACUUUCUCUGGGUCCCCAAACCGGAGAUGCGCAGGUCAUUACAGGUGCCGAGUCAUCCAGUACCAGCACAUCGUCUAUGGCAGAUGAACAAAAGAAUCGACAUGACAAGAAGAAUGUAAAGCGAGAGGCCAGGUAUUCGGGGGGCGGACACCUCGGACGCCCCUUGAUCACCAAGGAGGAGAUAGAAGAAGUGGAUAAUUUGGUAGUCAAGGCCAAGCAAAUGGUUGAUGAAGCUAUCAAGAAACACAAUAAUCAAGCGCUGCACUGGGAUCAGCCGUUGUCGAAAGCAACUCAGGAUACGGACAGGCUUGAAGUGAAGGCAGCAAAUUUAAUACAGGGUCGAGCCAACAAAUGUGCUUCCCUGCCCUCAAAAUCAUUGCUAAAUCAGAGGCUCGCGGGAGGACUCAUGGAGAAGUGUGCGAACGACUACAAAACAGUUCUAAAGCGAAGAAUGCCCAUAGAGCCCACCGCGGAGUCCGCCGAAACUCCACAACAGUCUCCCGAUGCCUUUCACUCACGCAUUUCUAUCGAUGUCUACCACGCGACUCGCGGAUUACCCAUUCCUCAACUACCAAACAAUUCCGAGAUGCUGUCAGAGCGCUCAUCACCCAAGCCAGUAACUAGGGUCGAUAUGGUCACCUUGAACUCAGGCGAUACAAUUCCGAUCGUGCUCAGCCCCACAGGCUUCGCGCGUUUCCCUCGACACUGCGACGAUGACGACGAAUGGGACCACUUAUCGCAGUCAUCGGCUCCGGAAGAUGACGGGAAUACAGAGAUAGAGAGAAAUUCAUCGAAGAAGAAGGAUCCGUUUACGAGUUGA